CAUGGAACUAUACCCUUGUGUUUACCAUGGAACUAUACCCUUGUGUUUACCAAGGUACUAUACCCUUGUGUUUACCAUGGAACUAUACCCUUGUGUUUACCAAGGUAUAUACCCUUGUGUUUACCAAGGGACUAUACCCUUGUGUUUACCAAGGGACUAUACCCUUGUGUUUACCAAGGUACUAUACCUUGUGUUUAUCAUGGUACUAUACCCUUGUGUUUACCAAUGUACUAUACCCUUGUGUUUACCAUGGUACUAUACCCAUGUGUUUACCAAGGUACUAUACCCUUGUGUUUACCAUGGAACUAUACCCUUGUGUUUACCAAGGUACUUUACCCUUGUGUUUACCAAGGGACUAUACCUUUGUGUUUAUCAUGGUACUAUACCCUUGUGUUUACCAAGGUACUAUACCCUUGUGUUUACCAUGGUACUAUACCCUUGUGUUUACCAUGGUACUAUACCCUUGUGUUUACCAUGAUACUAUACCCUUGUGUUUACCAAGGGACUAUACCUUUGUGUUUACCAAGGGACUAUACCUUUGUGUUUACCAAGGUACUAUACCCUUGUGUUUACCGAGGUACUAUACCUUUGUGUUUAUAAGGUACUUUACCCUUGUGUUUACCAAGGUACUAUACCCUUGUGUUUACAAAGGUACUAUACCCAUGUGUUUACCAUGGUACUAUACCCUUGUGUUCAGCAAGGGACUAUACCCUUGUGUUUACCAUGGUACUAUACCCUUGUGUUUACCAAGGUACUAUACCCAUGUGUUUACCGAGGUACUAUACCCUUGUGUUUACCAGGGUACUAUACCCUUGUGUUUACCAUGGUACUAUACCCUUGUGUUUACCAUGGAACUAUACCCUUGUGUUUACCAUGGUACUAUACCCUUGUGUUUACAAAAGUACUAUACCCUUGUGUUCAGCAAGGGACUAUACCCUUGUGUUUACCAUGGAAAUAUACCCUUGUGUUUACCAAGGUACUUUACCGUUGUGUUUACAAAGGUACUAUACCCUUGUGUUUACCGAGGUACUAUACCCUUGUGUUCAGCAAGGUACUAUACCCUUGUGUUUACCAAGGUACUAUACCCUUGUGUUUACCGAGGUACUAUACCCUUGUGUUUACCAUGGUACUAUACCCAUGUGUUCAGCAAGGUACUAUACCCUUGUGUUUACCAAGGUACUAUACCCUUGUGUUUACCAAGGUACUAUACCCUUGUGUUUACCAAGGUACUAUACCCUUGUGUUCAGCAAGGUACUAUACCCUUGUGUUUACCAAGGUACUAUACCCUUGUGUUUACCAGAGUACUAUACCCUUGUGUUUACCAUGGUACUAUACCCUUGUGUUCAGCAAGGUACUAUACCCUUGUGUUUACCAAGGUACUAUACCCUUGUGUUUACCAUGGUACUAUACCCUUGUGUUUACCAAGGUACUAUACCCUUGUGUUUACCAUGGUACUAUACCCAUGUGUUUACAAAGGUACUAUACCCUUGUGUUUACCAGGGUACUAUACCCAUGUGUUUACCAUGGUACUAUACCCUUGUGUUUACCAGGGUACUAUACCCAUGUGUUUACCAUGGUACUAUACCCUUGUGUUUACCAGGGUACUAUACCCAUGUGUUUAUCAUGGUACUAUACCCUUGUGUUUACCAAGGUACUAUACCCUUGUGUUUACCAUGGUACUAUACCCUUGUGUUUACCAGGGUACUAUACCCAUGUGUUUACCAUGGUACUAUACCCUUGUGUUUACCAGGGUACUAUACCCAUGUGUUUACCAUGGUACUAUACCCUUGUGUUUACAAAGGUACUAUACCCUUGUGUUUACCAUGGUACUAUACCCUUGUGUUUACCAGGGUACUAUACCCUUGUGUUUACCAAGGUACUAUACUCUUGUGUUUACCAUGGUACUAUACCCUUGUGUUUACCAUGGUAUUAUACCCUUGUGUUUACCAUGGUACUAUACCCUUGUGUUUACCAAGGUACUAUACCCUUGUGUUUACCGAGGAACUAUACCCUUGUGUUUACCGAGGAAUUAUACCCUUGUGUUUACCAAUGUACUAUACCCUUGUGUUUACCAUAGUACUAUACCCUUGUGUUUACCAUGGAACUAUACCCUUGUGUUUACCAUGGAACUAUACCCUUGUGUUUACCAAGGUACUAUACCCUUGUGCUUAUAAGGUACUAUACCCUUGUGUUUACCGAGGUAGUAUACCAUUGUGUUUACUAAGGUACUAUACCCUUGUGUUUACCAUGGUAGUAUACCCUUGUGUUUACCAUGGAACUUUACCCUUGUGUUUACCAUGGAACUAUACCCUUGUGUUUACCAAGGUACUAUACCCUUGUGUUUACAAAGGUCCUAUACCCUUGUGUUUACCAUGGUACUAUACCCUUGUGUUUACCAUGGAACUAUACCCUUGUGUUUACCAUGGUACUAUACCCUUGUGUUUACCAAGGUACUAUACCCAUGUGUUUACAAAGGUACUAUACCCUUGUGUUUACCAAGGUACUAUACCCUUGUGUUUACCAAGGUACUAUACCCUUGUGUUUACCAAGGUACUAUACCCUUGUGUUUACCAUGGUACUUUACCCUUGUGUUUACCAAGGUACUAUACCCUUGUGUUCAGCAAGGGACUAUACCCUUGUGUUUACCAAGGUACUAUACCCUUGUGUUUACCGAGGUACUAUACCCUUGUGUUUACCAAGGUACUAUACCCUUGUGUUUACCAUGGUACUAUACCCAUGUGUUUACCAAGGUACUAUACCCUUGUGUUUACCAUGGUACUAUACCCUUGUGUUUACCAAGGUACUAUACCCAUGUGUUUACCAAGGUACUUUACCCUUGUGUUUACCAAGGUACUAUACCCUUGUGUUUACCAAGGUACUUUACCCUUGUGUUUACCAAGGUAUUAUACCCUUGUGUUUACCAAGGUACUAUAUCCUUGUGUUUACCAAGGUACUAUACCCUUGUGUUUACCAAGGUACUAUACCCUUGUGUUUACCAGGGUACUAUACACUUGUGUUUACCAGGGUACUAUACCCUUGUGUUUACCAGGGUACUAUACCCUUGUGUUUACCAAGGUACUAUACACUUGUGUUUACCAGGGUACUAUACACUUGUGUUUACCAGGGUACUAUACACUUGUGUUUACCAGGGUACUAUACCCUUGUGUUUACAAAGGUACUAUACCCUUGUGUUUACCAAGGUACUAUACCCUUGUGUUUACCAAGGGACUAUACCCAUGUGUUUACCAAGGUACUAUACCCUUGUGUUUACCAAGGUACUAUACCCUUGUGUUUACCAUGGAACUAUACCCUUGUGUUUACCAUGGUACUAUACUCAUGUGUUUACCAAGGUACUAUACCCUUGUGUUCAGCAAGGGACUAUACCCUUGUGUUUACCAAGGUACUAUACCCUUGUGUUCAGCAAGGGACUAUACCCAUGUGUUUACCAAGGUACUAUACCCUUGUGUUUACCAAGGUACUAUACCCUUGUGUUUACCGAGGUACUAUACCCUUGUGUUUACCGAGGUACUAUACCCUGGUGUUUACCGAGGUACUAUACCCAUGUGUUUACCAAUGUACUAUACCCUUGUUUUACCAAUGUACUAUUUUCUUGUGCUUUACUAUAUUUUAAGUGUUGUUGAUUAAAUACUUAAAAAGGUCAA